AUGGCAUCUUCGACACCGCAGCCAGGCACCGUGGAGCCGCCCGUCAGCAUCGACCGAUUGACCAACAGCAACUGGAUCAAGCCAGAAUACAAACUACCCAUCCCAUCGCUCCAAUUCCUCUUCCACCUCGAAUGCGACAUGGAAUCCUUCAGACACAUAGGAAAGGGCCCCCACGGUGACAGGUCGACUGUGAUAUUCAAGGGCGGCCGAUUCGAGGGUCCACGCCUAAGAGGCAAGAUUCUACCCGGAGGCGGAGAUUGGGAGAUUGUGCGAGACCAUGAUGGUGAUCAGCAAACUGCGCACCUGGAUACCAGAUACAAUUUGGAGACACAUGACGGAGCGACGAUUUACCUGCGCACGACAGGGACGGGAAAGAAGGAGGUCCUUGAGAAAUUGGGAGAGGGGAACAUUGGUCCUGAUCAAUUCAGAAUGCGACUCAAUCUCACCUUUGAGACUGGUGAUGAGAGAUACUCAUGGCUCAACUCGGCCGUCUUUAUCGCGAGCUCGGGACGCGUGGGCGACAUGGUCAUAUACGAUGCCUACCAAGUCCUUUGA